AUUAGAACUCUCUAGCUUACCUUGCUGCCUGAAAUACUGUAAAGCCUGAAAGCAGGAGUUCUUUUACCCACUGUGUUUAUAUUUCCUCAUACUACUGGCACAUGAUAGACACUCAAUUAAAUACUUUUUGGUAGUUUUAUUAUUAUUUUUUUAUGAUUUUUGUUCCUAAAAGUCUUCUGUAAAAAUUAGUAUGUAAUGCAAUUCCCGUGAAGAUGUAUUAAAUAUUUGCCCCCUCUUGUGGACAUAAAGGAGAAUGUAAGCUCCUAUAAUAAGUCUGUUCUCUAGUUUUUUUAUUAAAAGGUAUACCAUAAACAAUAUAUUAAAUUUACCAAGAUUUUUUUUCUCUUUCUGGAAGGCUACUAGUCCAUACAACUUUAUCAACUCAGUAAAUUUUUUAGUUCACAUAUACUCCUAAAACACACAUAAUUCAUACUCAGGUAACAUUGUGUAAUGUCCAAGAUAACGUUUGUAUAUUAUUAUUAGAUUCAAUCGAAUCUGCAUCUUGAUGGAUACUAAUUAGGUUUAUAACCUAUGAGCCACAAUGAGAACUCCUGCAGACUUAAUGUAUUUGAUUUUUAUUUAUUAUUCAUUGAUGAUAAUGUUCUAGAAAAUUGACUCAAAAUAAUGGAUUCGUAGGAGACUGAUUUGUUAACCAGAAUAUUAAUUUAUGACAGGAUAUACACUUUUACAUUGACCACAGUACUUAUAAUCAUUAUUCUGAACAUCCUCUUCUUGGUAUUAGGAUGCCUGAGAAACCAUUUUGGUCACUAGAACAUGGAUUGGUAAUCAUGGAAGCAGAACAAAAUGCUUGGAUUGUUUUGAGUGAUGGUUUACCCAGGCUAUGGCAUGUACUGGCAUUGAAAACAUUGAUGAAGCUAUUACACUGCUUGAACAAAAUAACUGGGACUUAGUGGCAGCUAUCAAUGGUGUGAUACCCCAGGAAAAUGGCAUUCUACAAAGUGACUAUGGAGGUGAGACCAUACCAGGACCUGCAUUUGACCCAGCAAGUCACCCAGCUCCAGCUCCUUCUCCCUCUUCUUCUUCGGUAUUUCCACCUGUAAUGCCGUCUAGGCAAAUUGUAGAAAGACAACCUCGGAUGCUGGACUUCAGGGUUGAGUACAGAGACAGAAAUGUUGAUGUGGUACUUGAAGACAGCUGUACUGUUGGAGAAAUUAAGCAGAUUCUAGAAAACGAACUUCAGAUACCUAUGUCUAAAAUGCUGUUAAAAGGCUGGAAGACUGGAGAUGUGGAAGACAGUACGGUCUUAAAAUCACUACACUUGCCAAAAAACAACAGUCUUUAUGUCCUUACACCAGACUUGCCACCUCCUUCAUCAUCUAGUCAUGCUGGUGCCCUGCAGGAGUCAUUAAAUCAAAACUUCAUGCUGAUCAUCACCCACCGAGAAGUCCAGCGGGAGUACAACCUGAACUUCUCAGGAAGCAGUACCAUUCAAGAGGUAAAGAGAAAUGUUUAUGACCUUACAAGUAUCCCUGUUCGCCAUCAGUUAUGGGAGGGCUGGCCAACUUCUGCCACAGAUGACUCCAUGUGUCUUGCUGAAUCAGGGCUCUCUUAUCCCUGCCAUCGACUUACAGUGGGAAGAAGAUCUUCACCUACACAGACCCGGGAGCUGUCCGAAGAGCAAAGCACCGAUGUCCAUAUGGUUAGUGAUAGUGAUGGAGACGACUUUGAAGAUGCUUCUGAAUUUGGGGUGGAUGAUGGGGAAGUAUUCGGCAUGGCAUCAUCUGCCCUAAGGAAAUCUCCAAUGAUGCCAGAAAACGCAGAAAAUGAAGGAGAUGCCUUAUUACAAUUUACAGCAGAGUUUUCUUCAAGAUACGGUGACUGCCACCCUGUAUUUUUUAUUGGCUCAUUGGAAGCUGCUUUUCAAGAGGCCUUCUAUGUGAAAGCCCGAGAUAGAAAGCUUCUUGCUAUCUACCUCCACCAUGAUGAAAGUGUAUUAACCAACGUGUUCUGCUCACAAAUGCUUUGUGCUGAAUCUAUUGUCUCUUAUCUGAGUCAAAAUUUUAUAACCUGGGCUUGGGAUCUGACAAAGGACGCCAACAGAGCAAGAUUUCUGACAAUGUGCAAUAGACACUUUGGCAGUGUUGUUGCUCAAACCAUUCGGACUCAAAAAACAGAUCAGUUUCCACUUUUUCUGAUUAUUAUGGGAAAACGAUCAUCUAAUGAAGUGUUAAAUGUGAUACAAGGUAACACAACAGUGGAUGAGUUAAUGAUGAGACUCAUGGCUGCAAUGGAGAUCUUCACAGCCCAACAACAAGAAGAUAUAAAGGAUGAGGAUGAACGAGAAGCCAGAGAAAAUGUGAAGAGAGAGCAAGAUGAGGCCUAUCGCCUUUCACUUGAGGCAGACAGAGCAAAGAGGGAAGCUCAUGAGAGAGAAAUGGCAGAACAGUUUCGUUUGGAGCAGAUCCGCAAAGAACAAGAAGAGGAACGUGAGGCCAUCCGGCUUUCCUUGGAGCAGGCCCUGCCUCCAGAGCCAAAGGAAGAAAAUGCUGAGCCUGUGAGCAAACUGCGGAUCCGGACCCCCAGUGGCGAAUUCCUUGAACGGCGUUUCCUGGCCAGCAGUAAGCUCCAGAUCGUCUUUGAUUUUGUAGCUUCCAAAGGAUUUCCAUGGGACGAAUUCAAGCUACUGAGUACCUUUCCUAGGAGAGAUGUAACCCAGCUGGACCCAAAUAAAUCAUUAUUGGAGGUAAAGUUGUUCCCUCAAGAAACCCUUUUCCUUGAAGCAAAAGAGUAAACACAGCCCAGCGGUGGAACCAGCCAUUCCUUGACAAGCCAGAGGCCUUGCUUCAAGAGAAGGGCUCCUUGCCAACCCACCUACACGCUCGUCUCACUCAGUUCAGUGUCACACUUCUGCCUCUCGCAAGAUUGCUGGAAAAAAGUAAUAAUAAACAUAGCUACUUAAAAUUGCCCAUCCACGAGUGUAUGUCCCCAGCCCUCACUGUAGAGAAUGACACCUCUGCCACCCCUCCAUCCCCUUCCCGCGGCCCUCGGUCCAUGACUAGCGCACUGCUGAAGUGUGAGUGAUCACGAAGUAGGACUUUGACCUCUCCAGUGCCCUCUCCCCACAGUGUCUGGGGCAGUUCUGUCUGACCUGUGACACCAGGCUGCUCUGUAUUUGAUAUGUCUCAUUGAGCCAGGGCUCAUCCACCUCUGCCUUUUUCUUUUCAUGACUGGAUUUCUAUUGUGUCACCUGAUUUUAAGAGGCAGGGGAUAAAAAGUCAAAUGGGACUUCUUGGCAUGGAGAUUAAAUGUUGUGGGAAAAAAAAAAAAAAGCAUAUCAUUUUUGUUGGUACUUCCUGACUCUACUAAGAUAUAGGCUGUGUUUGAGGACUGCAUUGGACAUAUAUGCAAGAUAUUUAUUUACUGCUGCUGCCUUGGGUCCCCAGGCUCCAUGUAGGAGGCAUUUGCUGUUCCAUCCCAGCCUGAGAAACUGUUUAAGCUCUCAAUGGGAAUGUUGAGAUUGUGUGAAGAGGACCAGGACAGGACCAGGACUUCAGUAUCUGGCCCGGCUGCAGGAAGCUGCUGUUGGGUUUGCAUUUGGGCAGUUAGAACCUCACAGAUACCAGCUCCCAGGCUGCUGGCCCAUCAGGGCUCACUGAACGCCCUUCUCUCCUGCUCUUUUCUCCCUCUAAACUGCCACGCAUUUGGACCUUGUCAGUUGGCAGUUUGAGCACCUUGCCGGUCGCCAAAAUCUGAUGAGCCACCCACGGACUCUGAGCCGAGCUGUAAUAAGGAACCUGCUCCACUGUUUCAUUCUUUCAAUGUUUUGAUAUUAGAUGGUGGACUCCCAUCUCAAAUGAAAGGGACCUCGUUCUCUGGCUGAAAAUUCUGUCUUCACAUAUUUAAGAGAGCAAACUUGGGGGCUCAGCUCAGAAGACAUGUGUUGCCUGAAUUUAUAUAUAAUAAUCUGGGAUGGUUUAGUAAAUGUGGGUUCUUGAUAAUCUGUGGAUUUGGGGUUUGGAGCUUAGUUCACGGAAGUACUGUUUAUACCUUCGCCGCCGGUGAUUUCUUUUCAGUCUUGGAAUGUUUCUCCAUUUCGGUUUUGUGUCACCGAUGGUCUCUGUCCUAGGGGUUGGGAUCCUGACUUGACAUUUUGUACUCGUCCAAAAGAGUCUAAGUGCUGGGGUUUUUUUAGAGUUCUCGGAAGACUCCAACCACAGUCUGAGAUACGCCUGGUCAUUCUCCCUCUGCCCAGAAGUGGGCAUUGGCCAGGAAAAUCCCAUCUUGUGUCUUUUCUCUAAUCCUCCAACCAAGGACCUCCCAGGAACACCCUCUCAAGAGAAGCGUGUCCCUAGCAGACUAGUGCUACGUCUGCCCAGGUGCAGGCUGUCUCUGGCCCCAGGCGUCUCUCCAGGGAGACUGAAAGGAAAAGAGACCCAAGAUGGAGGCUUUCAACCUGAGCACAUCCUCUCCAGCUCCACUCUCUCCUUCUAAACUGAUGGCUCCCCAGGACCGUCAUUUCCAAUGCUACAGACGCACGCGGGCACCAGCUCUUCUCUUUCCAAGGAGACCUUGUUCUGUAGCUGCCGUGCAGAAGCCACAGCCUUGAACUCAGGCCAUACUCAGGAACAGCAGCAAGGGUGUGGGUGGGGAUUGGAGGGAUGGGUCUCUGAAUUCACCUUCAUGUUUACCUGUUCCAUCUAAUUUGGGUUUGACUUCAUCGUAUUGUUCCCCCAUCCUCUUCACUUCUGUAUUCCAGUAAUAUAAACUUUACUCUGAAACCUAUUUCAUACAAGUUAUUAAACACUACUUGAAUGUG